UUGUGGCUUUGAUCGUGUCGAUGUCGAUGUCGUUUCUAAGGUGCUCGCUUUAUGCGUAGCCAACGUCAGUUGUCGUUUACGCUUUUAACUAAUAAUAAUAACAAAUAUGACGCCAGUGCUCAAGUCAUUUGGCAGCAACAAAAUGUUAUAAAACCUCAUAUAUGUAGAUAAAAGUCCAGAGCAGGCUUUAAUCAAGGUCAACUCGCAAAGAGAAUGAAAAAGUGCUCAUAGAGUGGGAAGUUGCAAGUGAAGUGACGUUCAGUGUUUAGACAAAGCAAUCGCAAAUUGCUAUUUAAUUACGGCAUACAACAACACGAGUAACAACAACAACAACAAGAAGAAAAACAACUAAACAAAUAAGGCAAGAACUGUUGAUAAGAUAAGCAAAAAAAGCAAAAGGUGGCAAAGUGCAAGCUUCACCUGCGUAGCUGCUAACCGCAAUGCUAAAGCAACAGCUUCAAUUUGAGCCACGUUCCCAGCAUAUCAAUAUGACGGCGUUGGCUGUCAAGUGUCUAAUACGAUAACCCACUCACUCAUGAGUUUACGGCCAAUUUCGACAGGCGGUGCAAGUGGAGCAACUGCAGCCGAGCCACAACAGACAGAGCCAGGCAGGGAGGCGAAGAGGCAGAGAGGAAGAGCCACUACUCAGUCACCACAUUAGACAUUAGCUGUCAAGAGCAACGAAUCGUGAGUGUGUUGCAAGCGAAAUCAUCAGGCAACACCACAAUACCAUUCGAAACCACCGAAUCGAGGAGUCAACUGACUACGAACCAACUGCCAACUACCAACUACCAACUGCCAAUGCUGCAAGAGUCGGAUCGAUGGGCAAGUGUGUCUCCCGGCAGUCGACGUGCCCGAGCCCCGCACAUCAUCAAUCUGUGCUGACAAUUGCGUUGUCGCAACAAGAUUUGCGCCACGCCCACAAAAUAUGGCAACAGUUGACAACGAGUAAUGAAUAUAUUGCCACAACAACGGGGCCAACAGAUGAGCCGACAUUUUAUUAUCACAUAAGCCGCAACCAGGCGCAGUCAGAGACGGAAGCAGAAGCAGAAACGGAGUCGGAGACGGAGACAGAGAAGGAUAAAGAAACAGAGUCAGAGUCAGAGCAGGAGCAACAGGAGGGGAAGCAGGAGUUGGAGCAGACUACCGUGCUGCACUUCGAGUCUGUUUAUAAUCAUUUGGAUGCCCCUGUGAGUGCUGAGAAUGUUAUUGGCAGCUCGCUGACAGGUUGCAACAACGAGGACUAUGCCACUUGCCAGGACUUUCUGUUGCACGAAUUGGCGCAGACACUCGCCGAGUGCCAAGUGAAAUACAUAACUCCAGUGCUCGAUGCUAGCAACAGCAAUAGCAAUAGUAGAAGUGAGAUCACAGCAACAACCACAACAAGAACCACAGCAACAACCACUACCAACUGGCAACUAAGCGAUAGCGAGAACGAGACAGAGGAUGAGUCUAAUCUACAUCUCCAGCAGUCAUAUGAGGGACAAACGGAGAGCAAGAAGCACGGCGGCAAGUACCAUCGUCGCAACAAUGGCAACCUUACAGGCCACCACCAGCUGGACUCCAAAGAGGAGCAGCAACAACAAGUACACACCAAAGGCACCGCCAUGUCCUUUGGCUUUCGCAAAAAGCUCAAUGGUACGCCCAAGAAGUUCAAGAAAUUGCUCGAGGGUGGUGCGAACCACAGCACAUUCCAGACAGAUACAAAGGACGACAAUGGCAAUGCAACAACGAUGACAACGGGAGCAGCUAUCCCUGUGCAGUUUGAGAAAGUGGGCGUUGCCGUUGCCCAAAAGACAGCGAAUCGCACAGGUGCGGCCAACAAGCGUUUUGGUUAUCGCGGCAAUGUGCCACGCCCCGCAUCCGCCGGUCUAACCUCGUCAAGUGAGGACGCUGUGGAAACGGCAGCGAAUGCUCAGAACAACAACAACAGCAGCACUGGCAACAACAGCAGCACUAGCAACAGCAACAACAGCAACAACAACAACAAUGGCAAUGGCAAUGUGCUGGUGAGCAAUCUGAAGCGUCGUUCCAAGAGCGCACACGCAGGUCGCACAGUUGAUGGGGAGCCGAAAAUAGCACAGCCCAAGACGCUGACGUUCAAUCUGAACCAGAACACGACCAUUGAGUAUCAGCGUCGUCAGUUCUUCGGCGAGUUUGCGGAUGAGGCAAGUGCCACGGCAGCUGCCACGUCACGGCAACAGCGCUACAACUACAACAAUCUGGCCAAUAUGCACGCCAAUGUCAUCGUUCGUCCCACGCCACGUGCUGCACCUGCCAGCUUUGCCAAAUUCACGCUGCAAACGGUCAGCUUGCCACGUCCGGAGUAUCCGGUGGCCAUCAGUCUGACUGCCACAACGCCCACGACGCCAAGCAGCAGCAGCGUGCAGUCGCCGCUGCCGACGCAUGCCACCGGCGCCCGAGCCAAGGAUGUUGCCACCACAUCCAGGCAGCAUCCCUUGACCUCCAUCCAUGUGCAGCCGUCAAGCCGUCAGCUGGAUCAGAAGAGCGUCAAGCAGUUGACCAACAAUACGACACGUCGUGGCUUCUCCGGCAGUCGAGAGAUUAGCGCCGAUUCCGGCAUUGCCAGCAUGGACAUGGCCGGGGAUUCGGGCAGCAGCUCGGGAGGAAGUGAUCGCUCCAAGCGCAGUCGCAGUCGUCCAAGGAAUCUCCAGAUGGUCAUGAGUGGCCGACACACCUUCGAGGUGCGUGACAUGGACGAUCCGCCGUCGAGCGAGUCCAACUCCUAUGUGGAGACCUUGGCAUUGCCCAAGUUGCCCACGGACAACAGUCAGACGUCGCAGUUGCCGCUGGUCGGCUUGGUGCGAUCCAACACGGUGCUCAGUCGGGAGAGCUACGAGCGUCGACAGACGGAGUCGGGACAGGAUCAGGCAGCGAUUUCAAUGCAAACACCAGAGACACCACCAAAGCCCAAGGCCAUUGGCUCCGAUGACAGCGAAAGCGUGGACGAGGAGAAGUUAUAUCUGGACUCAUCCACCUCCGAGAAGAGUGCCAAACAGCAGAGCAUAAGUCUGUCCUCCUCCAUGUCCUGGCGUUGCCAGGCGGGCGAGUCCUUGGCCGCCAGGGAUGGCAGCAGCAUGAGCUUCACCAGCAGCGACACCCAAGCGCCAGCCAAAGUCAAUGACAAGGAGGAGGACAUGUCCUUGGCCCUAGAUGACAUCAGUCUCAUCAAUACGGAUAUGGACAUGCAGUUUAGCACCAUUUCUUCUCUAACAGAACCAGCAGCCAAGCCCAGCUUCUUAGCUGGCCAGGAUCACUUGCUCAACGUUGCGGACAAUCGGGAGGCUGCAACUGUCCGUCUGCCUAGUGAGCGUCCACGCAGCUUCAACAAUGCGCUCAAUGAAUCCAAGUUCGCGGAACUGGCGCUGGCCAACAGCACCUGUCUGUUGCUGGAUGAUGAGACCUCGCCGACGGAUAGCCUGGUCAGCAGCACGGAGGAGUCCGAGGAGGCGGGGGGCAAGCUCAAGAAGCACAAGCUCAAUGCGGAGUUGCAGCAGAAGGACAUUGAUGUGGACAUCGAUGAUAUAUCGCCAGUGCUGGAUCUGGAACUCGAUCCGGGCAGUCGCAGCCCCAACUCACCGGGCACGCCCACACACGCCUCCCACUCGCUGUCUCUGGGAUCGGACUGUGGUAAUCUGAUCGAUGACGAGAUUGCCGAUCAGCCGGCAUUGCUGUGCAACUCGGAGGCACACGAAGUGGCCACCGACACGCCCACUUUGAUGGAGACACACACGCACACCCAGACGGGAUCUUUGAGAUCGCUCAAGAGUCAGUCCAAGGCACGCACCGCACUCCAACAGGCCAUAGAACUGAGCUUAAGGACUCCAGCAGCGGUGCGAAGAGCGGUGCUGGAGAGUGCCGAGUCCCUGGAUACCCUAUCGCCCUGCGAGUCCAUCUGCUCCGAUGAUCUGAUGAUGGACUUUGAUAUGAACAGCAGCGUGGACUCCAUAGAUCGCACCGUCUCGAUGCGCAGUCGCAGCGGCUCAGAUCUUCACAAGCUGGGCACUGAGAUGGACCCGGAGCAGGCCGAGACCGAGGCGGAGCUACUCUCCCAGUUGGAGUGCAAGGGCAGCGAUGUCAUGAAGGAGCUCAAUAGUUUACUUCGCGUUCGCAUGCAACGCACCUCAUCCAGUCCCCGGGAGCGCAUCAGCGCCAAGCUGCCCGCACGUGCCACACGGCUGUUGAAUCGCUCCCGGUUGCAGGAUCAGCAGCAGCAACAGCUAACGGGCAACGACUCGGACAACAGUUUGCGUUCCACACACAGCGGCGCCUCCGCACGUAAGCGCAGCACAGCUGCCUCACGUGCCUCCACCGCCUCCUCGACGUCGAGUCUGCAGCGUCGGCAGCUGCAGCAGCAGCAGCAGCAGCAUCCUCAGUUGUCUGCCACGGCGUCGGGAUCGAGACGUGCCACCGGCCACGGAAGCCACGCGGAGCUGCACAGCUCAUCGGACGAUCUGAUGUUGUAUGACAAAUCCUUCAGGAAUGCCAUGAUCCAGGAUGUGCUGCAGUUCAAGAAGCAGCUGCUGCGACUACGUCGCAUCCUUCAGGAGACGGAAACCCUCAAUCCCUUCGAGAAUGACAAUGUGCAACUGUUUGCGGCAUGUGGAUUGGAUAGCAAGCAGCUGAAUGACAUUGAUUUGGCCAGCUUGACAUCAUCCACAACGGAGGAUCCAUUGCAGGAAUUAUCGGAUCUACGUAGACAGGUGGUUUACCUUCAGGGUCAAGUGGAUGAUCGUGAUCGCACAAUUCGCCUGCAGCGAGAUCUCAUCGAGCAACUGGAGGCGGAGAAGCGACAGGCGAGUGGCGAUGUGGCAAACAAGGAAUGCAUAAGCAUGGCCACACAAACGGAGCGAACACGACCACUUGCCAUUGGUGCGGAGGGUUUGUCCAGAAGUAAGCCCGAAUACACCAGUUACACCACGCACUUUCCGGCGCUGCACUUGCAUUGCAACGACUCCACGGUGGCUGCCACAACGAUAAUUCGUCAUCAGCAGCAACCGCAGCAGCAACAGCAGCAAUCACAGCAGCAACCAUGCAAUGGACACCACAGCAAUCAUAGCAAUCACAGCAACUGCAACUGCAACAGCAGCAACAACAGCAGCAACAACAACAACAACAGUUGUCGUGCCCUGAGUCAGACGCGUCGCCACACGAUCAUUUCCACGACGCUGACCAACUACAAUCAACAACUGGCAGCUGCCGCAUAUCCGCGUCGCGCUUCCAUCGGUUGGGAUGCCACAGAGACGGCCACGCCCACAGCCGCUGUUGCCGCCCACAAGCCAGUGCGUAUAACACUGAUAGGUGAGUCGCUGCCAUUGCCAAACGGUGGCUGCCACAAGAAGUUGCAACAGCAGCAGCAACAGCAACAUCAGCAUCAGCAACAACAACUGCAACAGAAUGGCGUCAAGACGCGCUUCCUCAAUGGCAGCUGCCAGAGCAACGGUCAAGGCACACAUCAUUAUCAGCCGUUAUACAACAGCAACAAGAUGACAAACCCAACCGUAACUAUAGUCUGAUUUAUAGAUAAACCCUCCCAAUACCGCAUUCUUCAGAUAUUCCUA